UCCCCGGAAGCCCAUGCUCCCGACUUCUGCUUCCGGGUCAGAGCCAUGGCGGUGGCAAAUUCAAGCCCUGUCAACCCCGUGGUGUUCUUCGAUGUCAGCAUUGGCGGCCAGGAAGUUGGCCGAAUGAAGAUCGAACUCUUUGCAGACGUUGUGCCUAAGACAGCGGAGAACUUUAGGCAGUUCUGCACUGGGGAAUUCAGAAAAGAUGGGGUUCCUAUAGGAUACAAAGGAAGCACUUUCCACAGAGUCAUAAAGGAUUUCAUGAUUCAGGGUGGAGAUUUUGUUAAUGGAGAUGGUACUGGAGUUGCCAGUAUUUACCGGGGGCCAUUUGCAGAUGAAAAUUUUAAACUUAGACACUCAGCUCCAGGCCUGCUUUCCAUGGCAAACAGCGGUCCCAGUACAAACGGCUGCCAGUUCUUCAUCACCUGCUCUAAGUGUGAUUGGCUGGAUGGGAAGCACGUAGUGUUUGGAAAAAUCAUUGAUGGACUUCUAGUGAUGAGAAAGAUUGAGAAUGUUCCCACAGGCCCCAACAAUAAGCCCAAGUUGCCUGUGGUGAUCUCACAGUGUGGGGAGAUGUAAUCCAGAACAAGACGGAAUCCGACCUCCAUGUAUCUGCCAUUGUAGGCCUGCCCUUGCUCUGGGUGAUGCUCAUGAGUAGGAAAAUCUGGAUUGGCCCCUGUGUUUGCUUCCUGGCCUGCUGUUGCCCUGUUUGAUCAAGAAACCUUGGAAGUAUCACAAUUCAGAACCCAGGAUUUUCCAUGUUUUUCAACUGUAAAUAAAGUUAUUUUUUUGUU